UUCGGUAGAUAAAGGUUGUGCUGUUGGAUUGACUACGAAAGGUCCAGGAAGCUGGACCAGUAAUCAUACCGCGAGAAUACAUCACAGAGGAGAAGAAACAGCUGUUUCGUUAACACUGAUGGUGAAAAAGUUUUGCAGGCUAUGCAUCGAUAGUUAAGGUGACACCGGAAAGCGAGACCGGAGGAAAACGCGAACAAUACAACGUUUUUAUUGUUUGAAAUGGAUGCUAACACAUCUUGCUUAAUGCUAUCGAAACGGAAGGUGGCUGUGGAUGAUCACAGUUCUAUUUUCAAUAAUGAAAGAACAAUUGAACUGAUUUCCACCGUAAAGGAUCAGCAAAUACUGUGGGAGAAAAAUCAUCCAGAUUAUAAAAACUCUUCCCAGCUUAACAAUGCGUGGCAAAUGGUGGCAACUGAAAUGAAUCUUAGCGUCGACGUUUGCAAAGACAAGUGGUACAAUUUGCGGGCCCAGUAUCGCAGAAACAGGACAAAGGAAAUUGCAUCACGAAGAGGUUUGGAUAAGAAAAACAAACCGUCCUGGUACGCCUACAAAUACAUGACAUUUCUGAAUAAAACACUGGAUAAAGCUAGAGCAAGAAGAGCGUUACGCUACUCCGCUUCGAGUCCACGACUUCGAGCUCGAAAGCUUUCCAGCAUUCCGGACUUUUUGGAAGUCGUUACAACUUCGAAACAAUCCUCAAGUGAACCAGGUUCUGAUGAAUAUUAUCCGUUGGACCUACCUGACGAUGAUGUGAAGCCUUCCCUGGCACAGCUUCAUUCAUUCGAGCAUUCAUUGUAUGAGCAUUCAUCACAGACAGAACCAUCUGAUGCCGAAGACGAUAGACAAGUACAGGAUCGUUUAUUCAACCUCGCCGGCACAUUUACGCACACUGGAGCAUCUAGCGGCGAAGAAUCUCCAGAACUAAAUGAUGGCUAUUUCCAAAAUGUAGAGCAGGAACGUAUGGAUAUAUCAUACGAAAACGAGCGACAGCGUAUAGCGCCGUUUAUCGCGUUACUGACGCAACGAUUGCUUAGAAAAGAGCGAUCGCAGAUAGAGGAGAUCGAAAAUGCACUGUUAAAUGUGCUUAAUAGUUUUCCGAACGCUUAAAUGCACAAUUCGAGAAUGUUAUCACUGCCAGGCGAGUAACGCUGCCUUUAUGCCUUCGUUCUCUUGGUGACACAAAAUGUAGCUUUAUUAUUUGCAUAAUGCAUUAGUCUUAACUAUGUAAAAAAGAAGUGAAAUGCUUAAAAGAGGCUACUUGAAGUCGAUUGAAUUAAACAAUAAACAAUAAAUGACAAGGAUUGUU